AUGUCGAUAACGUUAGCGUCGACGUUGGCAUUCGGAGUCCUCAGCGUGGGAGCACAUACAGCCAAGGUUCCGCAGGGGAAUGUGACUAAGUGCGUUUCUAUGUUGACGCCCAUAACCCUUCCUCAGGUGUCCUACAAUGUAGCCUCCGAGAUCGUGUGUGCUCUUCUUUGCAUGAAGAACCAAGCCCUAGAGUACAACUUCACUGGAACGACCUGCACACUGGAGGGUGAAGGUUGGGCUGUGUCCGCCAGAGUCGUGAUAUUCGUCGCUGCUUAUUCACCAGACAUGUUGACAGAGUUGCCUACAGGCAACGAUACCUACGGAAGUCCAUACAUAGACAGUAACAUCCCGUACCUUGCCGUGGAUAACAACAUCACAACAUAUUACCACUCCAACCCUGGUCUGGUAUACCCCUGGUGGAUGCUGGACCUGGGAGACACUGCUAACAUACACCAGGUGAUGAUCCUUCCCCGGCCUGGCUACUUUGCUUAUAGAUUCCACAACAUUGAGGUGCGCGUUGGCAACACACGGGAGAUGUCUGGUAACUUCUCCUCAUUCACAUUGUUUUCCACCUACAAAAUCUACUACAGUGACACCUAUGGGACCCUCUCUUGCUACAGGAAAGACGGUGUAGUUGGCAGAUACAUCAGCAUCCAGAGAGUUACUCCUGAGGAUGACAUGCUGAUGCUUUCCGAUGUCAGAGUUUUCGUUUCAUUAUAAUCAAAACAAUUCUGGCGACGAUGAUCUUGUAAGAUCUAGUUAAGAUUCAAGUACAGAAAAUCUACACUAAAAAAAUUGUAAUAUUAAACAUAAGGGGCGCGUGAAUUUCCUUGUCUCUUAAUAUUAUGUUUAUAAUUACUAUCGCCCAUAAUUACUAUCGCAUUUGCUUUGUCUCUUUCGAAAGGUGAAAUCUACAAUCUUUCCUUAAUUCAUGGUGUAACUUAACAAAUCUUUGAGGACAAUUGUGUUGCAGAAGUCUGAGUUUUGCUCAGACUUCUGCAACACAAAUACCAGUUCCUGGGUAAGGAUUUAACACAGGAAGAAGUUAAAAGGAUGAUGGAAUAUGCAGUUACCUUUGAUCGUCGAGGCGUUGGGUGAUCCAUGUUGUGAAAUAACUGUGGUUAAUAAAUAUUUCUGUGUUCAUUUGUGGGCAGUUAUUUUGUAGUUAUUUUUGCAAUUAUUUUAGGUGAAUAUUGACAUUACUACCUUAGCUGUGGACGUGUUUAAUAUUAUGAUCAUAUUACCACUUGUGUGACGUAGAUGUUUAUUAUGAUCAUAUUACCACUUGUGUGACGUAGAUGUUUAUUAUGAUCAUAUCACCACUUGUGUGACGUAGAUGUUUAUUAUGAUCAUAUUACCACUUGUGUGACGUAGAUGUUUAUUAUGAUCAUAUUACCACUUGUGUGACGUAGAUGUUUAUUAUGAUCAUAUUACCACUUGUGUGACGUAGAUGUUUAUUAUGAUCAUAUUACCACUUGUGUGACGUAGAUGUUUAUUAUGAUCAUAUCACCACUUGUGUUGACGUAAAUGUUUAUUAUUAUCAUAUCAUCACUUGUGUUGACGUAGAUGUUUAUUAUGAUUAUGUCAUCACUUGUGUUGACAUAGAUGUUUAUUAUGAUCAUAUUACCACUUGUGUGACGUAGAUGUUUAUUAUGAUUAUGUCAUCACUUGUGUUGACAUAGAUGUGUAUUAUGAUCAUAUUACCAUUUGUGUUGAGGUAGAUGUUUAUUAUUAUCAUAUCACCACUUGUGUGACGUAGAUGUUUAUUAUGAUCAUAUUACCAUUUGUGUUGACGUAGAUGUUUAUUAUUAUCAUAUCACUUGUGUGACGUAGAUAUUUAUUAUGAUCAUAUUACCACUUGUGUUGACGUAGAUGUUAAAAAUAUUUGUUUUAGGAGUCAAGAAUGAAUUUCAUGUUAACUAUAGUGAUCCUGAUGUUUUUGUCACUUAUGUCAGUGUUUUGAUGUGUGUUAUUUAAUGUAUAUUCUGCAAGUGUAUAAAAUUCCUUGCAAGAGCUGCAACACAUACUGGACUAACAUACUGAAAUAUAUUCACUUAACUGAAUACAAAAUAUUGGUAGUGUUGCAUGACCCAUAUGGAUUUAGUGCCUUUUUUGAAUAUAAGAGAAAUAAUAAUAAAAAUUCUAAAACUGAUAAUAAUAAUAAUAAUAAUAAUAAUAAUAAUAAUAAUAAUAAUAAUAAUAAUAA